CCGGCCUACUAGCUCCGUUCAGGAUCAUCUCUAGCCGCUAGUCCAUCAUCGCUAGCUGUGCCAAGCCAAAGCCAAAGCCAAGCCAGGUAGUAUGGCCACUGGUGGUCAUCAUGCGGACGACGCGCACCAUCAUCGUGGUGGAGGGAGAAGAAGCGACGCCGUCGGAGAGAACUACAUGAGGGGCCUCUACGGCGACGACGACUACAACGCCAGCCACUACGGCCAGCAGCAGUCAGCUGGCACGGCGGUGGCCAAGGCGCUAGCCUCGGCCACGGCGGCCUUCACCUUGCUGGUGCUGUCGGGGCUGGCGGUGACGGGCACAGUGCUGGCGCUCAUCGUGGCGACGCCGUUGCUGGUGAUCUUCAGCCCCGUGCUGGUGCCGGCGGCCAUCACGGUGGCGCUGCUCACGACAGGCUUCGUCUCGUCAGGAGGGUUCGGCGCCGCCGCGGUGGCUGUGCUGGCGUGGAUGUACCGCUACCUGCAGACGACGACCUCGUCGUCGGAUCAGCAGCAGCAUCAGCAUCAGCUGUCCGGCAAGGCGCACGACGUCAAGGACUGGGCGCAGCACCGCCUGGAGCAGGCACGCGCGCACUGAAUGGAAAAAAAAAAUGCCCAUACUGGAGCUAGCCUCGAGGUCUUAAUUAUACUGUCACUCACGUCAAUCGCACAUAUGCCGACAUGUUAUGUAAUCUUCGGUUGGCAGCAAAAAUAAAGAGCGAGUUCCUGUCGACCUCUAUAAUGAAUAAAUAAAUACAAUACUUUUAGAGUUUUUUUCGAAA